AUGCCUGUCAACUGGGACGAGACCAAGGAGCGCCAGUUUCUGCUGGCGAUCAUCACUGCCAACCCCGUCACCCCAAAUUGGGACCAGGUCGCGCAGAUGCUCAACACGCAGAGCGGUACCGACGACUACGUCGGAAACGCCCUUCGCCAGAAGUUCGCGAAGCUCAAGAAGAACGCGACAGACCAGUAUGGCGACUUCGGCGCCGCUGCUACCGCCGCUCCGACUCCAGCUAAGAAGACGACUAAGCGCAAGUCCGCCAAGAAGGAGGACGACGAGGAGGGCGAGCCUGCCGGCCCCAAGAGCAAGAAGGCCAAGACCGCCAAGAAGUCCGCUUCUGUGGUGGAGGAGGAUGACGAGUAG